CCCCCAAUUCCCACCACCGCCACCUGCAAAAAAAAACUCCCGACGACUCGCUUAGCUGCAGCGGAGCUGUUUUCUUCUUCUCCGUCUUUCAUCGGAGAUCUCCACUCGAGAGAGAAGAAGAUUCGCAGCUUCCGCUUCCGCCAGCAAAGCCGGAAAUCGUUUUCCUACGAAUAAGUAAUCCGUCGCCGCGACAAAUAAAAGAGAUCUUGGAAAAUGUCUCGUUCCGUCGCUGCCGCUAAGCUUCUUCCCGUCUCCUGCUCCAUUCUCCGGAGAGGUUAUGCUGCAUCUGCUGCGGCGCCGUUGGGAGCUGCGUCGGCGGCGUUGGGCCGAGUGCCGGCGGGAAAUAUGGUGGGGAAAGCAGUGGAAGAGAGGUCGCCUGCAGCGGUGGUGAAGGAGGAUUCCGGUGCUGCAUCUGCGUGGGGACCCGACCCGGUGACCGGGUACUAUAGGCCGGGUAAUUCCGCUGCGGAGAUCGAUCCGGUGGAGCUCCGGGAAAUGCUUCUGAACCACAGAGUUAGGCCCAAUUAGAUUAGGCCUUGUGGGCCGAAAUUUAUGGACCUUGGACUUGUUUUCUAAGGGGCCCGUUGGAUCGAGGACUGCUGUUCGGCUAUUCUGCUUUGAUUGCUGGCUCUUCGUUUGACUAUGUAGUCGACAGCUGGUUUAACUUUGGUUUUAUUAUACUACUAAACAAAGGAAUCGUUUGAUUACUAUUAUGAAUUAUCUGCCGUCGUUUUAGAGCAAAUCGAAUUUAAUCUUUCAAAGUGAUUAGGAGACUUAAUUAUGCGUGUGAUUAAUCAGCUAAUGAUCAUUAAGUGAUGCGUGUUACUGUUAUCUAUUGGAUUCAACAAGCAAUUAGCCAAUUACACAUUUCUUUGGAA